AUGGCCCGUUCCGAGAGCGACCCUGGCGAGAACCAGACCAUCUCCGGUGGGUUCAUCCUAGUGGGGUUUUCCUAUCUUCACAAGCUGCAAAUCCUUCUGUUUCUGGUGCUUCUGGUCACCUACCUGCUCAUUCUGUUGGGGAACCUGCUCAUUAUCCUCCUGAUAAAACUGAACCCCUCUCUCCAUACACCCAUGUAUUUCUUCCUGGUCAACCUGUCCUUCCUGGAAAUGUGCUACACCACCAGUGUCUUCCCUCAGCUGCUGGUUCACCUCCUGGUGGAGGAAAAGUCCAUCUCCUUAGUUGGCUGUAUGGCCCAGAUGUUCAUAAUCCAUAUAAUGGGCCUCACGGAAUCCUGCCUGCUUGCAGCUAUGGCCUACGACCGCUACGUGGCCAUCUGCCACCCCUUGCACUACACGACCAUGAUGAGCAGCCAGGUGUGUGCAUGGCUCAUGGGAGCUUCAUGGCUCAUCAGCAUCUCGGUGGAGGUAGCUCAGACCACGUGGCUCUUCAGCCUGCCUUUCUGCGGAUCCCACUGCAUCCACCACUUCUUCUGUGACGUCCCACCCCUGUUGAAGCUGGCCUGCUCCGACACAUCCAAAAACGAGAUCAUGCUCUUGACCGUGUCAGUGCUGUUCAUCAUGGGCCCUUUCUUGUUGAUACUCCUGUCCUACAUCCUCAUCAUCUCCACCAUCCUCCGGCUGCCGUCGGUGGAGGGGAGGCGUAAAGCCUUCUCCACCUGCUCCUCCCACCUCAUGGUGGUGACUUUCUUCUAUGGAACGGCCCUUUUUACAUACCUGGAGCCCAAAUCUAGCUCCAGCCUAGAGAAUGAUCUAAUGAUUUCCCUCAUAAAGACAAUUGUGAUAUCAUUGUCAAACCCCAUCAUAUAUACUCUGAGGAACAAAGAGGUGAAGAGAGCCUUGAGAAAAAUCUUAGAGAAGAGCCUCUUUUCACACAAUUGGAGAAAUUAG